AUGCCGUCGAUUUGGCGACCGAACGUGAGAGUGACCCUCGACGAGUAUGGUGAAGUCGAGGACACGGAGCAGGAAGGAGAGGAGGUGACGAAUAAGGGCACGAAGCGGAAGGGAGCCCCUCGCACGAAGGGGCCAUGCGAGCACGGGGUGAAGCAGAGAUCGAAAUGCAAGGUGUGCAGCGCUUGUCCGCACGGGAAGCAGCGCUCUCGGUGCAAGGAGUGCGAUGGGGGUGGAAUCUGCAAGCACGGUCGUGUACGCUCUAAGUGCAAGGAGUGCGGUGGGUCUCAAAUCUGCGUGCACGAUCGUGUACGCUCUCAGUGCAAGGAGUGCGGUGGUGCAUCAAUCUGCGAGCACGGUCGUCAGCGCCAUAGGUGCAAAGAGUGCGGUGGGGGGUCAAUCUGCAAUCACGGUCGUGAGCGCCAUAGGUGCAAAGAGUGUGGUGGCUCUCAAAUCUGCGAGCACGGUCGUCUCCGCUUUAGCUGCAAGGAGUGCGGUGGUGCAUCAAUCUGCGAGCACGGUCGUGAGCGUCAUAGGUGCAAAGAGUGCGGUGGGGGCUCAAUCUGCGAGCACGGUCGUCACCGCUUUAGCUGCAAGGAGUGCGGCGGGUCAGGAAUCUGCGAGCACGGUCGUCGGCGCUCUGAGUGCAAGGAGUGCGGUGGGGGCUCAAUCUGCGAGCACGGUCGUCGGCGCUCUCGGUGCAAGGAGUGCGGUGGGUCUCAAAUCUGCGAGCACGGUCGUCAGCGCUUGCAGUGCAGGGAGUGCGGUGGGUCUGGAAUCUGCGAGCACGGUCGUCAGCGCUCGCAGUGCAAGGAGUGCGGCGGGUCUGGAAUCUGCGAGCACGGUCGUGUGCGCUCUCAAUGCAAGGAGUGUCGCGCCGCGAAGGCUGGGAAAUGA